AAAGAAACAUUUAACUAUACUCAGACUGAAUUGGAUUACAUAGCCUCGAGUGGUGAUUGGGGAGGAUGUUUAGAGUUUAUACCAGGAAUUGUUUUUGACAGUUUCGGUCCAAGAGUGACGUGCACCAUCUCACUUAUUGUCACGACAAUGGGAUUUUUACUAAUGUGGAUGGCGACUGUUUUUAGGAUAUUUUUCAGCUCAAAAAAUUGGCUGGUGUGUAUUUUUUAUUUUCUGACAGGAUUUGGGCCCACAUUUUUAGUCAUACCAUCGAUGGCAGUGAAUUGCAAGAACUUUGACAAGAAACAUUUGGGUAAAGUACUCGGCCUCUUAAAUGCCAUAUUUGGACUUAGUUCUGUUGUUAUAAUUGCUCUUUAUGAAGGAUUAUUCGUACAAGGACACUUUGAAGAUGCAGAGAAUCAAAAGUUAGGAGAGUUUAUGAUAAUGCUUACUGUAUUAUCAGCUUGUAUAGGAAUAUGUAGUGUUGUGAUGCUACAGACAGUUCCAGAAGGAUCUCCAUAUGAUGAGAUUGAACAAUCAGGAGAGGCUGAUAUGAAUAAGACAAAUGAUAUACAUAACAACACCAUCACCGUGGAACAUAAGAACAAUAAGAACAUAAAUGAUAGAACAGCCCUUGUUCAAGAGAAAAUAACAAAACAGAUACCACAAGAUAUGAACUGUUGGCAAAUGAUGAAAACGCCUCAGUUUUAUUAUGUUUUUCUGAUUUGUAUGAUCAUCGGAGGUAUUAACAUUUCAGUUGUAAACAAUAUCACAAUUAUCGGAGAAUCUGCACAAAUUGAUGUCAAUCCAACAACAUUUACUUUCAUAAUACCAAUUUUUGCAUCAAUUGGGCGAUUAUUUGGUGGAGUGAUACCAGACUAUAUAUUCCAGAAAUGGCCAGUCAUCCCGAAGUCAUCAAUUCUGUUAUUUUCGGGCAUAGUUACCUGUAUCAGUCAAAUAGUGUUCAUAUUUUUUAAUGGAAGUUUAAUUAGUUUGAUAUUUGCUUCUGUAAUGGUAGCCUUGGCAUAUGGUGUUUUGUUUGUCCAUAUUGAUAUCAUCACCAUUAACCUGUUUGGUUUGCAGUACUGCGGACAAAACUGUGGUCUUGUGUUUUUAAGUAAUGGAUUUGGAUUGGUAUUAUUUCAAAAGCUUUUUGCUUUGAAUUAUGAAACCUAUAGUCCACCUGGAUCACAUAACUGUUUUGGAGAGUUGUGUACACAGUGGUUUUUUGUUCUGACAUCAAGUUUAAGUUUUUGUGCAGUCUUUCUAAAUUUUUUUCUGAUGAAAAUUGAAAGAGAUCUGCAACUGUGACAUGAAGAAUCACAAACAGAAAUGGAAGUUAAUCACUACGUUAUAGAAUAUAAGGUGUUCACCAAACAAAGUUCGGUAGGGAUAUAGAGAAGCUGUCUGUCCAUCCGUAUGUGCAUUUGUCUGUCCGUUCAUGUGUAUUGGUGAUAACUUAAAUAUUAGCUGAUUUAUUUGGUUAGAAUUUUAUAGGCUGAUGUCUUAUGGGCAUAAGACCUGUGCUUUGGGAAUGAACAUGGUAAUAUAGUAUGUUUCAUUAUCCUACACUUAGUGUACUAAAUGUAUAAUAACAUUAAAAAUAAAUUUGAUAUUUAUGGG